CACGUAGAUUUUGUUUGACAUUUCAACAGUUCAUACACAGCGGUGCAGCAUAUUUUUGCAAAAAAAAUUAUUUGCUAUUUCUAUUGCAUGCUUGAUUUGGAGGUUACGCUGUUGAACCAAAUUUAAAAUGGAAACAAAGGAUUGUUUAACAUUCGUUAUUGAGACUUUAUCAAAGGUCGAAGUAAUGGUAAAAAUUCUACAAAAUGUGGCAACUGAACUGCAUCAUCAAACCCAAGAGACAGAAAACAAUCGACAACCAGCACCUAUCGCAAGUUUAUCGGCAAUGGUUAACUUGUAUUUGGAUAGUGCAGUGAUCGGUUGUGAUUCGAUUCUGGGUCAUCGUGCUUCCACAAUUGAACGGUUAUCCAAACAACAUCAUAUAAAUGCAGAGAGUACUGUUAAUGUUUCCAAUAUUAAAGCUCUAUUAGAAAAUCAACAGCUUGGUACCAAUAUUUCUGCACAAUUUACUUCUGAUAGUUGGAUUGACAGAAAUAUCCAAAUAAAUGACGAAAUGAGUAUAAAUACCGAUGUAAUUCCGGACAGUUCCAUUCUGGCUAAUAAUACAAACGAUUUCUUAAAGAAAGUCUCACAAAUGGAUGAAACUGAAACAAAAGAAACUGAAACAAAAAAUGAUAUUAAAGAAAACACCGCUGUAACUGUCACCAACAAACUUAUCGAAAAUGCGGUUACUACUGCGGUUGAUGCUACAGAUAACGGUAAAAAUGUAACGAAACGAACGCGACGACGAAUUCGGAUCAGUUCAAAGCAACGAUUGUCAAGAAGGUCAAUAAUAAUUAUCAAAAAUAGAAAAUCAUCAAUUGAUGCAUCAAAACCUUUCAGGUGUCCUGUAAAUGAAUGCAACUAUAAGGGUGCGCGCCGGCCAUACUUAACAAAGCAUAUGCAAACUCAUUCGAAAGAAAUGAAACUUUUAUUGGCUUGCAGCGUUUGUCCAAAACUUUUUCGCGAUCAAAAUGCAUUCAAUGAACAUGCUAGUGUUCAUGAUGAAUCUCCAAAAGUUGCAUUAGAGAGUGAACAAAUUUCACCCGAACGAAAAAAUAUAAAUAAAGACGGGUUUGCAUGCAAAGUUUGUAAGAAACAAUUUAAGCAGCGUGGUCGACUCGAAAAACAUCUUGCUGUUCACGAAGACAGAUCCAAAUUAUAGGUUAAUCGCUGAAAAUUAAUUAAUUUUCUUCUUUUGAAGAUGACAUUGUUGAAUAUUUUAACAGCAAACCCAAAACACGAAAUACGAAAUAUAUAUAAAAAUAAAAUAAAUUCAGAAGUCGCGCGCAAACAAUCGAAUGUCAAACUCUGAAGAGUUAAGAUUCAACUUCAGUUCAGUUGUGACACCACAUUAUUUCAUAUAGUUUGACGUUUCGUUUUAAUGCGGUUGCUUGGCAAAAAGAUUGUACGAUAAUUUAUUGUCAAUUAAAAAAUAUAUUUAUAAAAAGUCCAAUCUUGACAAUUAUAUGACUUAGUGUUAUUGUUGUUUCAUAUUAUAGCACAAUCGGUUAUUUUGAAUUUGAAUAAAUAACAAUCACAGUA